AUGGGGGGAGGCGCGGACGGCGAAGAUCCGGGCGGGACGCCCCCGCCCGAGGACGUCGCCGGGAUCGACCUCGACCCCGCGCAACACUCGAAGGAUGAACCCGAACCCGACCCGGUGGCGGCCCACGGGACGGCGGACGCGCAGAGCGAGAGCAUCGGGACCGAGGACUCCGCCUCCGAGGACGACGCCGACGCGAACGAGCACGAGCACGAACCGCUCUUUGAACCGGACGACGGUUUCGAGCAGAUGGUGCAGGACAUCACAGACCCGGCCGGGGUUCCCUGGCCGGGCAUCCCCGACGACUGGUCGGACUCCGCCUCUGAUGAGGACGAUUACAGCGGCGAGUCUGGAGAGUUCAGCGACGACGACGGCGACUACGACAGCGACGGCGACGACGGCGACAUGUCCGGCUUCGACGAGGACGCCAUGCACUUCGAGAUCGAGGGCACGAUCCAGGGCCAUCCUCACCGCGCGUGCGACCCCGAGGAGCGCGGGCACUACCUCCUCCACGACGGCCGCGUCCCGUCGUCGCACACGGGCAUGAACCAUCAGCAGGGAUCCGACUCGGUGUGCGCCGCGGGGGACGGGUUGUUGCUCGUCACCGGCGACGUGGACGUGCGGCUCGUCGACGCGAACGCGAUCGUGUCCGACGGUGCGUACGACGCCGACGGAAGGUUCAACGAGCCGGACCCGGACGGGCCCGGACCCGUCCGGACGAGUCCAGACGGGCCGGAUGGUGCCGAGUACGUCGCGGAUGGUACCCCUCCAGAGUACGUCGCGAAGCAGGAGCUGCCGUUCAGCGUCUACUCGGUGGACUACGACGAAGCCAACCGACUCGUGGCGGUCUGCGGCGACGUUCGAAGGUACGCGCAGGACGUCAAUCUCGCGGUGUUUCGCGUCGUGCGCCACCAAAGGGUUGGACAAACCGGAAACGGCCCAGUCUCGGCGUCCUUCGUGCCCGUCGCGGAGAGGGGCGUCGGCGCGAUGGGCCGGUUCGGGCGCGAUAUGGUCAACUGCGUGCGCUUCGGUAAACGCGUCAAAGCAUCCGACGGAGGCGUUCGUCUCGACGGCGUUCAUCGCCCAACUGGUGGGGAGGGUAAGCGCGCGAUCGAGGACGUGCUCCUGUGCGCGUCGCAGGAUGGUAACUGCUACGCGAUGUCGGUGGACGUCAAGGACGACGCGGGGGGCGCCCUCGAAGCCCUCGGCGACGACGACGACGACGCGUUAGACGGCGCCGGCCAGGGCCAAGUUGGCGGGUUUUCCCCCGGCGGCCAGGGCGGCCGGGGCCCGAGGCGACGACCCCGGCUCGACGCUCGGCUCGUCGAUUGUUGUAAGAUUUCCUUCCCUGUCGCGUCCAACGCGGCGGCGGCGUCGCCCGACGGCACGUGCGUCGCGGUUUGCGGCGACGCGGAGUUUGUCCUCGUGAACGGCGGCCCCGACGGGUACGGCGACCACGGCGCGACGCAACACCUCGCGAUUAACGGCGACCCGUCGGCGGCUGGGGUGGUGUCGGGCGAGGCUGCGGGGGGCAUGUACGCCGCGUGGUCGCCGACGGGCGAGUACCUGGCGGCGACGUCGGACUCGCUGCACGCGCUCGCCGUGUGGCGGGUGACGGUGCACGACGAUUCGCGGGCGGCGGACGAGGCGGGCGGCGGCAUCUCCGCGGGUGACAUCUCCGGGGACGUCGUCGACCCGUCGGCUACUACGGCUACUUCGGCGGGCCGGAGCAGGAGCGUCCCGAGCUCGCCCGCGCGCGCCGGCCGCGGCUUUGGACGCGACGCGUCGACGGCGGACAGCCGGCGUUCCCGGUCGGGGGCGCGCGGGCCGCCGCUCGCCGCUCGUGCGGCGCGCGUCGGCGCCGUCGUCGGCCCCCUUCGCAUCCAGCGGGUGGCGUACUUUCGCGACCACGCGCACCCGUGCCUCCCCGUGCGGUUCCUCCCUUCCGACGGCCACGUCGUGGUCUGGGCGGAGCGCGGGGGUAGGGUGCACGCGUACGAUCUCAGGUGCGCCCACGCCGCGUCGUUAGGGUCGUCAUCCGCGGUGAACCUGUCGCCGCCGCCCGAGGAGGACGGACAUCCGAGCCGAGGUCGAGGGUUCGACGCCGGCGCGGGGCGAGGCGCCGACGAAGACAGCAUAAUCACCGUCAUCGGCGCCGACGACGACGAAGACGAGGUGGGAUCGGGGGCGGACGAGGACGGCGGCGAUCGGAACCUGAACCAGUGGCGAUCAGAAAUUGAGCCUGCGAGGUCGGAAGGGGUGGAGGUUUGCCUGCAGCCCAGGACGGAUCGCUUGUUCAGGCCGCUGCGACUACGGGGCGCCGACGACGAUCAGCGAAGGUUCGUGCAGACGAUUCGGUCGAGGGUCCGCGGCAAGUACGUCACCGGGCUCUGCGUCGUCGCCGCGGCGAGUAAGCCGCCGCCAGCGUCGCCCUCGCGGGGAUCGCCCGCGCGGAUCGGCGGAUCUCCAGCGCCGCCGCGCGACCUCGUCUUCGUGGGCACACCCGACGGGGUGUUGAGGUUCCGCUGCCCCGUCGCGUGGACGCCGGAGACGCACCAAGACUUUCCGGUCGCCUUCAGGAAGGCUUCCAGGGCAUUCGUGCAGUGCGCCGCCGCCGACUUCGCGCGCAAGGCUGAGACUGGCGACGAGGAGAGUUCCUCGGCGCUGUCGCUGGGUGACCUCCCGCAAGAGGUUUUGCUGCACAUCGUCGGCCUCGCCGCAGUGCCGCUGUCGGAUUGGGCCAACGUGUCGUGAUUCGGACCAAAGCAUAACGUGUAACGGUAAACGUGAAUGGCGCGCGAUGGAAGCAGUUCGCGCGCGAAUGUACGAGUAAUAAAACGCACAAGAGAGAGAGAGUAAGAGAUAGAGUGACGAGAAAAAGCUGUUGUAACUGACGCUAAUCUUACUCGCU